AUUCUCCGUAAGUCAUACAGCUCUAGCAGUCAUGAAAGCAGAAUUCAGAAUACUGCAACUCUUUAUAUUGAGCGUACUGUCUGUGGAGGCGUCAAUUUCUCCUGUGACGUCAGUUCCGGGUGAUGUAAGUUUUGCUGGUUUAUUCACUUUAAACUCCUCCACAAGUUCCAGCGAAUGUAAUGGCAAAGUCUCAACAUCGUCUGUAAUGGAACUAGAGGCAGUGAAAUGGGCAAUACGACGACUGAACGACAACAAUUACAUUCCCGGAGUCAAAAUAGGUUUGAUUGCCUAUCCUACAUGUCAGUUAGAACAUCUUGCCGGGUACAGAGCGAUAGAGAUCUCGACAGCAAUAAAGAAAAAGUCCCAAAACAUCUUAGGCAUCAUUGGUGCAAGAAGGAGUUCUGAAUCAGAAUCGGUGGCUACCAUUCUAGCAAGACUUCCGGACACGAUCUCGCCGCCGAUGAUGUCAUAUUCCUCCACGUCCGUGUCUUUGAGUGAUAAAACGAGAUUUCCGAAUUUCUUCAGAACGAUUUAUUCAGAUCAUAUACAAAUAGAGGUAAUCACGUCACUGAUGUUGGAAUUACAAUGGAACUAUGUAUCUAUUGUUCACGAAAAUAGCGCAUACGGCCUUCAUGGAGCAGAAACAUUGCAAAUGGCUUUGGAAAAACAUGGGAUAUGUAUCCGCACAAUAAAUGGUUUUAAUACAACGUAUGGGGUUGAGAUUUCUCUACUUAAUCAAAUCAUAAAAAACAUCACUUCACCCGCAGAUGGUGCAGUCAGUGGCAUAAUGUUUUUUGGUGAUCAAAUUUCCGCGGAGAAAUUUUUAACGGCCCUAGCAGACCUGAAACUCGGUGGAGAUACGCCAUCAGUAAUUUUUUCAGAAGGUGCCGGAACCUCGAAGGCUGUGUUUAAUGAUAGAACAUUGCCAGCUUCUAGAGGAAACCUUGUUGUGAGUCCUACAUAUCAACCGGUAGAGGAAUUUCUGACACACUGGAGAAACAUCUUUCAAAACAAGACACUAUUGGCUGAAGAAAAGAUCACGAAUCCUUGGUUAGAGGAUGUACUCAAAGACAUUAAAACUUGUGGUAACUGUGAGGUUCCAGAGGUUCCAACGGCAGAAGAUGUAAACAAUGCUGCAUCAAACAAUAUCUACGUAAAGUUUGCUCUAGAAACUGUUUGCAUGUUUGCGAAAGCUUUGAAAGAUUCUCGACACUCAUUAUGUUCUAAUGAUAACUGCAGUUCCCUUCAGGAUAAUGCGAUGAAUACUUUUUCAACGUCUUUAAAAUCUGUUGACGUGAACGUGUCUGCAGAGUUUGGGGCAAUUCUUCCUUUAAACAGUCGAUUAAAAUUUGACAAAAAUGGUGAUAUCGACUUGAAAGUCAAGAGAUUUGAGUUGUCGGUGUAUAACCACCGGAAAUGUCUAAUCGACAAUGCAAAAUUCUGUUUUGUUCAGGUGGCGAAGUACUUUGAUGAUAAAAUUUCAAUAAAUAGAACUUUACUGAAGGAUUACGACCAAGGAGGGUUAGAAAGAAGCUACCACAAAGCUCAGUGUAAGCAAGGCGACAUUUGUACUGCCUGUCUCUCAAUGAAUGAACAUUUAUACUAUAAACCCGGAGACCUGAUUAUUGUUGCUGCAUUCCCCAUCCAUAACGUUGGCACAGGACCUUUACGAUGUGGAGGACUGCGAAGUAAUACAGGUCUUGACGUGGCUUUGGCUGUAGAGCACGCUGUGGAAAUGAUUAAUAACGACUCAACGAUUUUUAGUGGCACUCCAAUCGGAUUCAUAAUUUUAGAUACUUGUAACGAUCCUCUAAUCAUUCAGCAACGUAUACUACAUCUAUUUAAGAAGGACGGAUAUCCCAGACUACCGCCUGAUAUCGCCGACAGGAUUCUUGGUUACGUUGGAUCGUUAGGAAGUACACCGACUAUAGCAAUGGUCUCUGUCACAAAAAAACUUGAAGGAAAGCCCCAGGUUGGAUGUUGUUCAACGUCUCAAUUACUUUCCAACAAAGAACACUAUCCAAAUUUUGUACGAGUUUCAACGCCACUGGAUCGGACAGCAGAUACAAUGGUUCAAAUAGCCAAAAAACUAAAUGCAAGGUACAUUCAAAUAAUAUAUAGUUCUGGGUCAUAUGGUGAAGGUGGAAGAAAUGCCAUAAUAUCCAGUGCGAGAAAAUAUGGUGUCUGUGUAGCAAAUUCGAUUGAAGUCCCUGAAAAAUCUAACUACAACACUGUUCUAGACAAGCUUAGAGUUAAACCCUCAGCCAAAGUGGUUUUGACUUUUCUCCGAUCUCACGUUGGGCCUCAUGUCAUGCAGGUUACAGCAAACAGGAUGCAAGAAGACGGUGAGUUUUAUUUCAUAGCAUCAGAAACUCUUGGAACACGCACACAGUAUCUUAUUCCAAGACUGAGAGGGACUGUGUCCGUUGCGCAAGUGAUGCCACAAGGUACCUCCUAUUUGCAGUAUUUGAGAACUAAGUCGCCAAAACCAACGGACGAUAAUUCCUGGCUUCUUGAUAUUAUUCAAAGUCGCCAAAGAUGCUACUUUCCGUGGAGCUUUAAUAAAUCUGAUGCUUUAACCCGACAAUGUGGUUCAAGUGACCAUAUUUUUAAUAAUGCCAGUCUUCUUGUCGACCCAUGGGCACCGUACCUUUUAAAUGCUGCUUUAGCCUUAUUGAAAGGUUCAGCCAGUGCACUGCGUGAAAUAUGCCAAACAACGAAAACAAUUUGUUCUGGAUAUUCUAAUACAAACAAAGUUUUGCAACACAUUAAAGAAGUCAAGCUUGAUCUCAACCAAAAUGGUUCAUCAGUCCCGGUUUUUGAUGAAGACGGAAAUGGGAUAUAUGGUCAUACGAUAUAUACCAUCGUAUCAGAAAAAGGAAAAUUGAUUUUCAAAACAAUAGGACAUUGGUCACAAUCAGCCGGUUUAACUUUUGGUCAAGAGGAUGAAAUUUUCCCGGGUUAUCCUGGUCAGACGAAGUGUCCAAAUCCCCAGGACUGUAAAGUCUGCAACAGUUUUCUGCGGACAGAAGGAAGUGACAGCGAUGUUGGUGCAACGAAGUCGUCUGACCAGUCUACUACAGCAUAUAUCCCUCUGAUUGCGGCGGUAGCUGUCACAAGUUUUCUUGCUAUUUUGUUCAUCGCUCUCUUCUCCUACCAGUGUUAUCAAAAACGUCAAGAAGCAGAUGAUCCUUAUAUAAUACCUAGUAGCAUGGAGGGGAUAGGGAAUGAGUGCUAUAUGGAGGUUCGGGACACGCAAACGCCAAUCUCAACUGAUGAGUCCGACUGUGCUGGAAAUAAAUUUUACUAAACAUGAUUGCUUGUUUCAGCAUAUAUCAUCAUCGUGCAAGGUUUUAAAGCGCAAAAUAAAUUCUUUAUUGUGUCGUAUUUUUUGAUAUCCUUCACUUAUUUCAUUUAAUUUUAAAGGAAGAAGUUUUAUUCUAAUAAAAUGUUUUGCACA